AUGGAUCCCAUUUCGCAAUAUAAGGCGGCGGUCCAGAGCCGCUUGGACAACGCAGACAUUCUAGUGUCCAAACUAGUCCACGAAAACCGAAUGCUCGCGCAAGAUGUGGAGAACAAAGAUCAAGAAAUCGAGUCUCUGAAACGGCAGCUGGCAGCGGCCGAGGCGAGGAGCAAGGAGUGCGAGGAGCGCACUGGGGCUGCGGAAGAAGAAACGGACAUAGUCAAGGAUCUUUUUGAGCACCUGUGCGGAGUGCGGGUUCACAAGUCGUACGAGGACGAGUCUGGUCUGUGGUUCGAUACGUCGCAAGGCGGCAAGGCCGGCGUGAUGGACUACAAGCUGGGGUUCGUGAAGGGCGAGCCCUCAGGUACAGAGGUGGUGUACGUGCCGCUUCUGAAGCAGCGGAGCGCCGAGGAGCUGCAGCAGCUGCAGAAGCAGCUGCCGGGGUACCUGUUCGACACCCUCAGCUUUCCCUUGCGGUCCCUACAGCAGUUCUACAGCAAAAUGGCCAAGUGCCUCUCGCGGGGAUAG